UAUCACCAGCCUAUUAAAGAGCAGGUCGACCGAUCGAGCCAACUGCAAUUUAACAGAAACACGGUACUUAUUUAGCUAGCAUUUCCUUCAUCAACUCUCUCCUGCAUCAAACAAUGGCCGAAAUGAGGAUGAUGAUGAUUAGUAUGACAAUACUAACUUUGCUGCCUUUGCUCUCUGGAGCUUUGGAUGUUGCUGAGAUGAGGAAAGUCGCUGCUCGAAACAAUGUGACAUGUAUCUUAGUAUUCGGAGACUCCAGUGUCGAUCCUGGCAAUAACAACGUUCUGCACACGACCAUGAAAGGGAAUUUCCUUCCUUAUGGCAAAGAAUUCUUCAAUGGCCGCCCAACUGGAAGAUUCAGUAAUGGCAGACUUGCCACAGAUUUUAUUGCGGACGCAGUUGGGUAUACAAAAACAAUUCCAGCAUUUCUUGAUCCAAAUUUAAAGCCUGCAGAUCUGCCUCAUGGUGUUAGUUUUGCAUCAGCUGCCUCGGGUUAUGACGACCUCACUGCCAAUUUUUCGAAUGUGUUACCUCUUUCCAGACAGCUGAAGAGUUUUAUGCAUUAUAAAUUAAACUUGACAAGAUUGGUGGGUAAGAAGACUGCUGAAGAUACCAUAAAAAAUGCCUUAUUUGUUAUGAGUAUGGGAACAAAUGACUUUAUCCAAAACUACUACUUGGAACCAACUCGCUCCAAGCAGUUCACUGUGGAACAGUAUCAAAAUUAUUUGGUCUCUUGCAUGGCUCAUUCCAUUCAGGCAAUGCAUAGGCUAGGAGGCACAAGAUUGGCUGUUGUUGGAGUUCCACCAUUGGGGUGCAUGCCACUUGUCAAAACGCUUAUGGGCGAGACCAAAUGUGUGGAAAAUUAUAACAAAGUGUCAUUCUCUUUUAAUUCCAAGAUUCAAAAGAAAUUAGAGAACAUUACCAAAACAUCUGGAAUGAAGAUUGCCUUUGUUGAUGCAUAUGGUAUUGUCGAAAGUGCCAUGAAUAACCCACAGUUAUAUGGUCUAACUGAAACUUCAAAAGGGUGUUGUGGGACUGGAACUAUAGAGUUUGGAGAAUCAUGCAGAGGAUUACAAACAUGCACUGAUCCAGCAAAGUAUGUAUUCUGGGAUGCUGUUCAUCCAACAGAGAGAAUGUACGAAAUCGUUGCUGAGAAAGCUUUGCAAACUCUUGAUGGAAAACUCUCUGUCUAGGGAUUUGGUUGCGUUAACCAAGUGCUUAAUGUAUUGAAAUAUUGAAUCACUCGACUCGUAAAUUCUAUGCAUCAAAGUCGACCUUUAAUUCAUUUCAAGUAAUUCAUUCAAGAGUUUCAAGAUUUACAGUGUGUGUAUACUAAUAACAAUUUAUAUUGAUAAUCA